UUCUCGUGCUAAACCCGAUAGGCCGAACCCGAAGGAAACCAGCACUAGAAGGUUCUCACUUCUGCCGCCGCCACCGCCGCCGCCGUGAUGCAGCAUCACCUACGCCGGUGCGGCGGCGGCGCCCUCGCCGCGCUCCGACGGCUCCGACACAUCCCGUCCUCCGCCGCCGCGUCGCCUCCCGCAACCUGGAGGCGUCCGUGCCCUCCUCCGCGGCUCUACUCCACCGCCGAGAUGAGCCAGCAGCUUCCUCCGAACUUGGUGGGGAUCAUGGAGCAGAGAAUGAAGUUGAUCGAGCAGAAGAGCGCAUACCUCCAGGAGCAAAUCAGCCAGCCAGCCACCUCGCCCGAAGAGUAUUCGAGGGCUAACAAGGAGCUCCGCAAGCUAGAGAGCACCAUGGAGUUGAUCAAGGAGCUGAGAUCGAAACAGGAGGAAAUUGAGGGUUUGAAAUCUUUGGUAACAAAUGCUUGUGAAGAGAAAGACAUGCGUGAGAUGGCAGCUGAGGAGCUACUUGAGACUGUUGAGGAGGAGAAACGAUUGCAACAUGAACUGUUUAGAUCGUUGCUUCCAAAAGAUGAAGCAGAUGAGAGGGACUGUAUAUUGGAGGUGCGGGCAGGAACUGGAGGAGAAGAGGCAUCUUUGUUUGCAAUGGAUAUAUUCAGAAUGUACGAGAAAUAUGCCCAGAAGAAUGGGUGGAAAUUUGAUGUCAUUGGCAUAAUGGAGUCUGCUGUGAAAGGAUACAAGGAAGCUAGUGGAACUAUAUCAGGUCCAGGGGCAUUUGGCAAACUGAAGUUUGAGAGUGGCAUUCAUAGAGUUCAGCGAGUGCCAGUGACUGAAAAAUCUGGACGGCUGCACACUAGCGCUGUAUCGGUUGCCGUUCUUCCUCAAGCUGAUGAGGUUGAUGUCCAACUGCGGAAUGAGGACCUGAGAAUUGAUACCUACAGGUCAGGUGGCUCUGGAGGUCAGUCUGUUAAUACAACUGAUAGUGCUGUUAGGGUAACUCAUAUUCCAACCGGAACAGUGGUUGCAAUCCAAGAUGAGAGAUCACAGCACAUGAACAAGGCUAAAGCUCUCAAAAUUCUCCGAGCGCGACUGUAUGAAAUUGAAAGGCAAAGACUCCAUAUGAACCGAUCAAAGCUUCGAUCAGAGCAGAUUGGAAGUGGUGAUAGGUCUGAGCGAAUCAGAACAUACAACUUUCCACAGGGCCGUGUCACAGAUCAUCGUGUUGGAAUCACUCACCACUCCAUAGCAGAUGUCAUGGAAGGGGAGAACCUGGAUGUAUUCAUUGAUGCACUCCUGCUUCAAGAAGAGAUGGACGCAAUUGCUUCUUUUGCAGCAUAACCACUAAAGUUAUGAAGCCUAACACUGAACCGGCAAAGACAAGAUGGACCUCUGGAUUUGCUUUUGGCCUGUUUUUCCUGCUUCAAAAUCUGUAACUUUACAUGAUGCAGAAUUUUGGUGUAGGCAGUAGCACAUUGAUGUGUCACUCGUAUUAUUUUAUAAAAUUGAAAUGGGUUCUCUGGUGCUGAAGCUUUGGAUGAAGUGGAGCAAGACAUGCCAAGCUGAUGUUGUUUGGCAGGUUCAUUUGAUUCCAAAUUCUGCUUCUGCUUCUCAUUUAUGUAAUAAGCUCAUGUUGUAUGUCCUAGCUCAAUCCCGGCUUGUGCAGCUAUUUUGGCAGAGCCUCUGGUUAAUUCAGCAAUGAAAAAAAAAAGAAACUACAGUUGUGCUUA